UUGGUAUUGCUUUUCAGUUCGGAAAAGUGCCUUUUUUUUUUUUUUUUUUUCCAACCCAGGGACAGCCCUGAGGAGCAGGCUCUUGAAACUGAGACAUCCCAUCUCAGGUCAUGGGGACUUUUCAACUUCAUCUGAUUCUCUCCCUAAUUUUCUCUUCUCCAGAUACCAAGAGAAGCUCAGAAACAUGCCCUAGGAUCCUCCUAGGGUUCUUCCAAGAAUGAAGGAGAAGCAGGGAAGGUUCUUGGAGGAACCAUAGCGGGAUCAGUAGGUGCUGACAAGUUUCAUAGAUUAUAGAAGAUGCUGGGAGACAUAACCCCAAAAUUUUCUGAGCCUCUAUGCUUUUUGUAUGGGCUCAUCUGGCACUUGGGGCCCAUUGUACCACACUUGAUUCUGUACCCAAACAAAAUGAGAAAGAUGGCUCAAAUGUCAUAAUUCAUAGCACCUUCUAGUUCCUGACUAUACAGGUUUUAAGAUGUCAUCUCCCUUUUUUACACAUGAGGAAACAGGGUCAGAGAGAUUAUCAGUUAACAUACCCAAAGUCACAUAGCAAUGAAGUUUCAGAGUUCAGACUCCCCAUAUUGUGGUCUGUGAGCUUGAACAAAUGAUAACUGAAGUUGGCCAUUUGCAAAUGUAGGCAUUUUAUGCCUUAUGUAUCUAUUUAAUUGCAAACACGGAAAAUAAUGAAUAACUAAAUUUAAUUUGGAAGAAUGCCAAGAAAACAAUUCGACAAGAAGGCUAGAGUUGCACCAUCUGGUAAUCUAAAUUUUUUAAAAUUUUUUUUAUUUAUUUAUGAUAGUCACACACAGAGAGAGAGAGGCAGAGACAUAGGCAGAGGGAGAAGCAGGCUCCAUGCACUGGGAGCCCGACGUGGGAUUCGAUCCCGGGUCUCCAGGAUCGCGCCCUGGGCCAAAGGCAGGCGCCAAACCGCUGCGCCACCCAGGGAUCCCCCAUCUGGUAAUCUAAAGGCAACAUUUGUUUAGGUCCCUGAAAAUCAGGAGUCCACUAUGUUCUUUGAAAUCUCUUUAAGGACGUUUUGAGGCUUUUUCAAUCUAUAUGAAGCAGGUGGAUUGUAGGUGCUAGCUGGAAGUUUCCUCAUAAUGAACCAUAGAAUCAUUGCAUUACUCAUUGAACAGGUCUAUUUUUAAAUAUUCAGUGAAAAUUUAAGAAAAGAAAUAGUCUUUUUUCCUUCAAGGUGUUUUAGACCAGGAAUUAACAGUCCGUGGCAGCCACCUAUUCUGCUUGGAUCCCCUUGUCCCCUCACGCUGUCCUGUCUUCCUAGCAAGUUUAUGUACCUCCACAGCUUCAAAUGCCAUCUAAAGGCUGCUAAUCCUGAAAUCUGUCUUCAGCCCAGGCCUGGUUCCAGAACAGUCUGUCAACCUGUGCUUGCCGGGCAUCUUCACUUGGAUGAUCCAAAGACACCUCGGUCUCUCAUUGUCCCAGACUGACUCCAUCUCUCUUCCCUCAAGUCUGUUGCCCCUGCAUUUCCUAGCUCCCUAAAGGUGAAGGUACAAGUAAGAAGCUGGCGAAACAUAGAGCUGCAGAGGCUGCCAUAAACAUUUUGAAAGCCAAUGCAAGUAUUUGGUGAGCUAAAUUUCUUUGUAUUCUGCAGCUCAAAAAUAUCAUGGCUGAGGUAAGAUUAAAAGUUUGAACGUGCUCACAAAAGCAACAAAGUGAACAGUUGCUAGUAUCUAGCUCCAAAAUUCUUGUUUCCUUGUGAAAAAACUGUCCUCCAUUAAAGACCGCUUUAUCCUUAAGAAAUUCAGUCCAGCAAUUAACUGUUAAAUGAAAGCUCUCACGAACUAGGCAUUUCCCCGCCUCAGUGGGAUGCACCAAUAGAAAAUCCCAGUUUUUCCGGCAAAUAUUCUACUGUGUGAAGAUUGUAAUAACUUCUACACCACAUAAAAUAAGUUAUGAAGUGGAAAAAGAUAAAUGGAAAAUACCCUUUGGAAAAUUCUAAUUUGGAAGGAGACAGAGAGAUUUCCUUUUGUUAUAGAAUGUACACCAACUACAAGAAGAUGUUACGUGGAGUGGUGGAAUUUUUCCAAAUUAAAUUUGUUGUCGCUUUAGGUGCUUUUGGAGAGUAUUGGUCCUGGAGCAGCUCACGUAUCCGGAGUCCUUUGCUUUCUAAUGGACACACUCUGGAGCAUGCUGAGCGUUUAAAUUCUUCUCUUUCCAUGCACUCAGUUAUUCUGGAGUACAGUCUGGUUUACCUGCUCAUAGCUGACAGCAGAGCCCCAUGAGAACUUAGGACAGGUUUUUCUCCAGCUUCAAAACUUUUCAUCUGGCAUAUGCUUAGGUUCUCCUGCAUUGCUUCUUCCCUCUCUAAGCCCUUCCAAACCGUUUGAGUAGUUUAGAAUGAAGCGUUGACAAGCUUUGGAUCUCACAAAGUGAUGCUUGAUUCUCUGAGGUCAUACAUUAAUAGUUGAUUUAUGCUGGCUUUGUAGACGCGCCAAAUGGCAUGACAGAUAGUGGCUCCUCCCCUCGCUGGUGAUGACCAUGCUAUUUGUGCAGCCCAAAGUUCAACCCAAAGUGUUGAGUAGAUUUGUAGAAAUGAGUGUACGGAGUGUCCUUUCUGCACAUGGGCACUUCGCUUUGUCAGCAAAAAAGGCUAACAAACUUUACUAUAUAUUUGUGCUUCUUGACAGAUAAGAUGGGAAUUACUAAGCUGUAAUCAGGCCUAAAAUGGCCUGAUUUAAUACAGAGACUUUCUCACUUCUCCAUCACAAUUAUUUGGGUAGCUUCGGCGUGCAACAUUGUAAGUGAAUAUUCAUAUCUCAUCAGCCUAUGUAAAGCUUGAAAUUCUAGCAGGUGGAAAAGCAACCUGAAGAAGUGGCAAUAACUGAACCUAUUUUGUCAUGGAAGAAAUGACCCUUCUGUCGCCUAGGUUCAAGUAACCUUGAACGUAGCUUUACUCCGGGUUAGACCCUCAUCGCCCAACUAAUUAGUAAUUUCAAACUAGUUCAAAGAGCUUGCUCUCUUUCUCCCUGAUCAUAAUCCCCACAUCCUGGAACCAGGUUCAUGCAGGCCAUCUAUUUUAUGCAGGAUACAUAUAAAUCUUAGGAGGAUUUUUCCAGCAUGGAACAGAUGAUAGGUCAAAUAGAUUUUUCUUCCAUAAUUGUCUGAGUGAAAAAACAACUUUGUGGCCUGUAUCAUUCACAUUACCAGACUAAAUUUCCUGACUAAUUGUUAGUCUUCCCUUUUUGUGUAGUUGUAACAGUAGUAUGCUUUAUUUAAAUACAUUUUUUAUUGAGCACCCAUUAUAUGCACAGUACUAUAAAGCUUAUGAAGGUAAGUAAUACAUAGGCUUUGCCAUCAAGGAUUUUACAGUCUGAACACAGGACAGAUGUGAGGGAUGGACAAAUUACAUGUAUUUGUAAGAGCAUAUAACUUAAUGGUAAAAUAAUUUGCCUAGGAAAGGGCCAACCUAAAUGUAAAUAAUGGUUCAGAGGAGGGGGAAAUUAUGUUCCAAGUAACAGGUUUCUUAGAGAAGGCGGCAUUUGAGACACAUCUUGGAUAAUGGAUAGAUCAUAUUUCCGUAGGAGAGGUGGGAGAGAAAGGCAUUCCGUGGAGAAGAGCAAAGGCAUAGAAGAUUAGAUAAGAAAUGCAUUCAUUUAUUUAAUAGUUUGGAGAAAAUUAUUUUGUUUUAUAACACUUUAAAAAAAUGUUCAGCUUUGCAGUUCCUGACCCCUUAAUGCCUGACCCUUCUAAGCAACCAAAGAACCAGCUUAAUCCUAUUGGUUCAUUACAGGAGUUGGCUAUUCAUCAUGGCUGGAGACUUCCUGAAUAUACCCUUUCCCAAGAGGGAGGACCUGCUCAUAAGAGAGAAUAUACCACAAUUUGCAGGCUAGAGUCAUUUAUGGAAACUGGAAAGGGGGCAUCAAAAAAACAGGCCAAGAGGAACGCUGCUGAGAAAUUUCUUGCCAAAUUCAGUAAUAUUUCUCCAGAGAACCACAUUUCUUUAACAAAUGUAGUAGGACAUUCUUUAGGAUGUACUUGGCAUUCCUUGCGGAAUUCUCCUGGUGAAAAGAUCAACUUACUGAAAAGGAGCCUCCUCAGUAUUCCAAAUACAGAUUACAUCCAGCUGCUUAGUGACAUCGCCAAGGAACAAGGUUUUAAUAUAACAUAUUUGGAUAUAGAAGAGCUGAGCGCCAAUGGACAGUAUCAGUGUCUCGCUGAACUCUCCACCAGCCCCAUCACCGUCUGCCAUGGCUCCGGGAUCUCCUGUGGCAAUGCACAGAGUGAUGCUGCUCACAACGCCCUGCAGUAUUUGAAGAUAAUAGCAGAAAGAAAGUGAGCCUGAAGCAACUCCGAAAGCCCUCGGUGGCACAUAAGAAGUUCCCCUUUCACCUCUUCCCAAGUAAAAUGUUUACUGUUCGAGUUUGUGUGUUGUUUCUAAAUCUCUUCCUAGAUUCCAUCAACACUCCAGAUUUAAGGAUCUCCUAGUAGUUACUAAGCUCUUUUUAAUGGCUUCAUCUUUGUACUGGUAUAUUGUAUUUAUAAACUUUGUACCAUAGGCAGAGUGUAGCCCCCAUGUUACAAUGCCAUGUACACAGAGGAAAGAAAUUGCAUGUAUGUUGAGGAGGAGGAGGAAGAUGGCGAAGAAACAGAACUACUGCUAGCAACAGUUGUUCUUACUGGUGCUUAACCUCUUCUUUGCGCAAAUCUUUGUAAAAGGAAUUCGAAGGGAGCCCUUUAGAAUUAGAGUUUUGAGGAACGCACGAACAGGCGUUCAUUGAAUGUGAUUGUUGAAUUUCAGGGAACAUGAUUGGUCUGCUGUGCUUUUGAAUCCAUGUAAUAAAGAGCUGCUGUUGUAACGGG